UUCAGUGGACAGAAGUGGAUCAGACGCACAAAGUAACUGCGCCAUGUGAAUGGACGAGGGACACAAGAGCUAAGACAAGGGCCUCCUUUACCUAACUGAAUCCAGAAAACAAACAAACAACAACAACAACAACAGGCAGUCCCACUGGAGGAUUAGGUCCUUGGCCAGGCUAGUGUGCCCAACUCUUCCACAAGGCUGGGGCCAGACUGAUCUUGUGUGGGACCAACUGGGACAAGCUGGAGUCUUUGUAUGAAUCUCUAACAACCGAUGCUGACCCCAGUGAGACGUUUGCACCAAAACUGGUGAUCCUGGACUUCAGUGAUAUGGACAGCAUGGAGGAUGUGGUGGCUGAGGUGAUGGAGUGUUAUGGUUAUGUGGACACACUCAUCUGCAACAGCAGCAUGAAGCUGAAGGCCCCGGUUCAGAGUGUCUCCUUGGAACUGGACAGAAACAUUAUGGACAUCAACUAUUUUGGCCCAAGCACUCUUGCCAAAGGUCUACUUCCAACAAUGAUCUCAAGAAGAUCAGGCCACAUUGUUCUGGUCAGCAGCAUCCAGGGCAAACUGGCUGUCCCAUUCAGAAGCUCAUAUGCAGCCUCCAAACAUGCGGCUCAGGCCUUCUUCGACUGCCUGAGAGCUGAGGUGGAGGAGUACGGGAUCAUUGUCAGCACCAUCAGUCACACUUUCAUCAAUGCCUCUGACCCGCCUCCUGUCGUGGAGCCGGCCCCAAAAACAAACGCCCUGCUUGAAUAUAUCAACAACCAGCUCACCCACGGCGUGCGCCCGCCAGUCCUGGCCAAUGAGAUUAUGCAAACAGUGAACAGGAAGAGGAAGGAGGUGGUGCUAGCCCACCCCAUCCCCAGGGUGGCCCUCUACCUCCGCUCCCUUUUUCCACCUUUCCUCUUCGCCGUGCUGGCAGCAGGAGUGAAGGAUUCAGUGUUGGCCGAGCAGAUGCAGUAGGAGAGAUGCUGAGAGGGAAGAAAAGUCUGAGUGUGUUGAAGAGAUGUGAAGGAAAGCACGGCUUGUUUAGGAAUGUUAAAUAUAAAUAUGGAUGUCCUAAGUGCACCAGCAGCUCCAUCCUUGACAUGUCCUAACAGGACAUUAAAGCAACUCAACUCUGAAAAAUGGAAAAAUUAAAGAAUUAAGUUGUUUUGUUUGUUUUCUGUUGAAACGCUUCUUUUAGUUCCGAUGAAAAGAGAAACACCUGCAGUUUUUAAAAUGUUUAUUUCAAAGAAUCUGUAACAAGCUUUUUGGACAAAAGGACUCGACAGAACAGAUUUAUCAAAAAGCUGCAAAACUUUUAGAUUGCAGAAUAAAUAAACUACCCGAAAAGACACAUCUUAAACUUUUCAUCUUGAAAUGUUUUAGCUUUUUCAGUGUUGAAUAUUGUUGAAUAUUUCCUCUCAGAGGAUUUCAGUAUUGCUCAAGCUGUUAAAUUAAAAAAUAUAUAUUAGUUGUAUUAAUGUCUAAUACACUUUGAAAUAAAAGAAACAACACUUGCAA